UCAUCCUCCUGAACUUUGCGUGGAGCGGUUGCAUGUGAUUCUCUGCCAAGGACAAGGACUCGAAGCCUUGUAUAAAACCAGAGCCGCCUCCACGCGCAGAUCCCCUCUCUCUCCUGUGUUCACCAGAUGAAGAUGAAGAUGAAGCUUGCUCUUCUUUUCGCCGUCGCCCUUCUUUUGGUCCAGGCUUUUGCAGAGGCUUCGUCGGCAACUGAUGCCAGUCACGCUCUCGCCAGUAUGAAUGGAGGAGGGAGUGGGAGGAUUACCAACAUCGACAAACGAUAUCAACACCAUCCUCGCAAGAUCAAUUGCGGCUACGCUUGUGCGAGGAGAUGCAGCAAGUCGUCGCGCAAGAACGUGUGCCACAGAGCGUGCAAGACGUGCUGCGCGAGGUGCCACUGCGUGCCGCCCGGGACCUAUGGCAACAAGAGCGCCUGCCCUUGCUAUGCCAAGCUCAAGACCCAUGGAAACAGACCCAAGUGCCCUUGAAAUAGCAGCUCUCAAACGUCCUUGUUCUUUGGUUUUACCCAAUUUAAUGUACUUGAUGUGUAAUAAUGUGAGUUGAGUUUCUCCCUGAUUGGUGAGUGCUUUUGUUGAGCUGGGAAAUUAUCUGCUACUUGAAUGAUGAUGCCAUUAAUAAUCAACAUCGACCUUCUUAUUA